CCUGUGAGGUCGCUGUUGAGCCGGAGAGACACAUCCAUACAAAUACACACAGGAUUUAAACUGAGAACAAGCAGGCAGACGGCAGGGAACAUCCCCGACGUCCCUUUCCUAGACCGUUCGAGUAUUUCACAGAGCCAAAUGCCCGGUCCGACCCAAGCUCUGUCCCCCAAUGGAGAGAACAACAACGACAUCAUUCCGGACAACAACGGCACCAACAUCAUUCCCUACAGAAAGAACACAGUGCGUGGAGAGCGCGCCUACAGCUGGGGGAUGGCGGUCAACGUGUAUUCUACCUCAAUAACCCAGGAGACUAUGAGCAGGCAUGACAUCACGGCCUGGGUGAACGAUCUGCUCAGUCUAAACUACACUAAAGUGGAGCAGCUGUCAUCAGGAGCAGCGUACUGUCAGUUCAUGGACAUGCUGUUUCCCGGAUGUAUCAGUCUUAAGAAGGUGAAAUUCCAGGCCAAGUUGGAGCAUGAAUACAUCCACAACUUCAAACUCCUGCAGGCCUCCUUCAAGAGGAUGAAUGUUGAUAAGAUUAUCCCUGUAGAGAAGCUCGUCAAGGGACGAUUUCAAGACAACCUGGACUUCAUUCAGUGGUUCAAGAAGUUCUUCGACGCCAACUACGAUGGGAAGGAAUACGACCCGGUCCAGGCCAGACAGGGCCAGGAUGCCAUUCCCCCUCCAGAUCCCGGGGAGCAGAUCUUCAACCUGCCAAAGAAAUCCCACCAUGCCGCCAGCUCUCCCACCGCAGGAGCUACUAGAUCAACCACUUCAACCCCUAAAUCCUCCACCUCGACCUCCCGACCCUCCUCUGCCAAAAAGAUUCCUGUGAUGUCAUCGACACCCGCUAAGGGAGAGAAGGAGCUGGAAGCCCAAGUAACACAACUAAGCGAACAGCUCAAUACAUUAAAGCUAGCACUAGAAGGAGUGGAGAAGGAGCGGGAUUUCUACUUCGGGAAGCUGAGAGAGGUGGAGCUGUUGUGUCAGGAGCAGGGCCAGGACAACGGGCCCUUCGUGGAGAGACUCAUGGAGGUGCUGUACUCAGCAGAUGACCAGGAGGCCGGCGGAGAGGAACAUGAGGCUCCGGCUCAGGAGGAGGACGUCCCUGACGACACACAGGACGAAUACUGAACACACAUGCACUCAGUCCAGAAAACUGCUUUGGGUUCACUUUCUCAAACUCAUGACGGUUUAUUUCUCAUUUACUCUGGUGGCGAAGGAGUGAGACAAAUUGGCCAAAUAUUCAAAUGUGUCUUUUGUCUUUUUUUUUUCUCCCCCCAUUAGCCCUGUUUAAUUGCAUCAUGACUAUUAUGAACAUGUCAUCUGACCGCAGCUUUAAUGGUGAAUCUUGUUCGUGUAAAGCCCUUGAUAACAACCGCUGCACAGCAACUACGUUUGGUUUUUACUUUAGCUGGAGUUUGUUGGCGUUUCCACCUGCUGUUUUUCAUCUCACCACACUGAUGAAGGAAAAUUGAUUUCUUAAGCUGUUUAUGUUUUUAGAUGUGAUACAUCAAAUCAUGAAAUUUUUAAAGUAUUGCAAUAAGAGUAGUUUAAAGAGCUACCAAUACCAUUUGUGAAAUAAAGCCUCAUGUUACAAAGACUGACCGUUGCUUACUAUGGUAAAUUUUGCAUUGGAAUAUAAUGCAUACUGGUUCUGUGCAUUAGAAUAUAAACCCGUGAGAUUCAUUUGGAAACGUUGCUCUGUUUUUCACUAUAUAUAUAAUUAUUUUUGGCUAAAUGUGUCUUCACAGAGGUGGACGCCAAUCACAGUGUUUGAUAGGAAGCAUUUCAUUUGAACUGUGCAAUCGGUAUUCUGUCUCUAAACAUGUUUUACUUUAUAUGUACAGUAAAAAAACAGCCGUCAUUCUGAAGAAAACAAUGCAUAUUGAAGAUUUUUUUUUUUAACUGUUGUUCUAAAGCACAGGUUUUAGCGGAAGAUAUUCUGAACAGAAAACAUUCUCGUGAUCUCCUGAUACUCGUCAAUAUUCUCCACAGGUCAACGCUUAUGUCAUUUAUUAUUGUGUACAAUGAAAAAGGAAUGUAAACAUAUGUACUGUUAAUAAUUAUAAAUAGACAAUGUUUUUUUUUUUAUUUCCCUCACAGUAUCUCCCCUUAUGCAUUCCCCAAAUGUGUUGCAUGUUUGCAUUUUAUUUGUGAAUAACUUGACCUGCUUUUUACAUAUUUAAUAAAAAAGAAGAAAAAAAAUAAUUGUUAAAUGUUUUUUUUUUUUUUUUUGUAUGUUUAACUUGCUGUUUAAAAUCUCUGAAGAUAUGGAUAGACUUGCCCUAAUAAAACACUUUCAUUUUCAAAAGGAAGAAA